ACACAGCGAAUGACUGAAGAUCCCAUCUCUAAGACGGAAAUAUUAGCUCUGUGAUUUGAUUUUAUGCAAAUUUUACGAAAUCACGUUUACGAAACUGUGCGAUCUGUUGACGAAAAUUUAAUUACGAGUGAUGUGGCGGGAAAGGCUAUGCGACGCCCAUUUAAUCACAACCGGAGAACGAAAAUUUGUUUUUGAUGACGUAUUUCCCAAACCGUUUACAGAUUUUGCGCUUCUAGGGAGUGUCUCAACUCAAAAUAAGUGUUAUCUCUUGCCGAUGGUGAAACUUUAGCGAAUACGAUGGAUAAAGCUCAGAAAGUUUUACGUAGGAGCAGCAUUCGGUUAAAAUCCAUAAGUUCUGGCCACGCAGAACUGAAUAUGAUAGUCUCAGAUGUCGAUCACAUGAGAGGAACCGCAAAGGCUUUUCUUAGAGCACAGCAAACCUUGGUCGAAGACCUCAUGGAUUGGGCUAACAAGGAGAAAAAUUUGGCCAUUCAAGAAACACUUGCUCUCCUAGCUGAGCUUAGCCUUUUGUGGUCAGAAACUCAAAAAGACUUUAUCGACCAGUUGAAGACUUUCAAACUUCAGUUUGAUAUGAUUCUUGAAGGUGAAAGAAGUGUGGACAAGAUUAGGGCCCAGUUGACAGCCUAUGAACAAAAAGCAAGCAAACUCAAAAAGGACUUGCAGAAAAAUUCGGUUUCCAGUGUCGAUGAAACCAAACGGGUGGAAUCAAAGUUGGAUGAAGUCAAACUGUCGAUUAGUCGAGCGCAAGUUGAAGUUUCAGAACAAGUCAGUGAAAAUGAGGUUGUGAAGUUAAUUCGUCUGAAAGAAGGUCUCUCUAAAUUAUCAGACUAUUACUUGGAGCUAGCAUUCAAAUGUAAUGCAAUCUUUGAUGCUCAUCGAGCUGUUGUCGCUGAAAUUCCAGCUGGACAGGAGAAAAGCACAAACAUUCAGAACAUAAUAUACACAGGUUCAAAAUUUUCCAAAGCUCAUGUGCUGCAAGCCAAAGAGAAAGUGAAAAAUUACAAACAAAGUUCAGCUGUAAGAUCUACUGCCCCAUACGAUAUUUCAUCAUCUGAUAAACCUCCUCCAUAUUCGCCAAAUAUUGCUCAGGAUGGUUCAUUCACUUCAGUACGCAGUUCAUUUGGCUCUCCAGCUGGCAGCUCGGUCACUUCCCCACUACCUGUGUCUGAAGUGAGCCAAGAUAUCUACACAAGUCAUAGAUACGAUCACGUCAGUGAAACUGUACAUAGUUUUAAUCCUCAUCUUGACGAAGUAAACCCCGACUCCAUGAGAUAUGAAAAUAUUGCUGGACCAUCUACUAAUAAUGAAAGAUACCACAACAUAGAGCCGCUACCCUAUGGAUUCAGAACUGGAACUCCAACGACAAUCUAUGAGCAAAAUGUUGCUGGGGCAAUGACUAACAUGACUUUGAAGUAGGUCACGUCACCCAAAUCAUGUGUGACAUUUCCAGUAAAAACCUACCUUUUCGUAUUUUUCUACUUCUUUCCAUUGUUUAUUUGAAUUACUUGUGAGUAUAUACAUAAUAUAUUUUCCUUUUUUAUUUUCAUGAAA